CAAACCUCAUUACACAACACCACAACACAAAAACAAAACAUAUAGUAAGCAUGGACAGAGAGAUCAAGUACAGAGGCGUGCGGAAGCGGCCGUGGGGGAAGUACGCCGCCGAGAUACGCGACUCCUCCCGGCAGGGCGCCCGCGUCUGGCUCGGGACGUUCGACACGGCCGAGGAGGCCGCCAGGGCCUACGACAGCGCCGCCUACUCCAUGAGAGGUCACUUGGCGAUUCUCAACUUCCCGCAAGAGUAUAACUUGCCCAGCAGCUCCUCGCAUUUCGCUACGUCGUCGUCGUCGGGCUCCGGCACGACGCAGGGGAGGGGCGACGAUCGUGGGAGGCAGGUCAUCGAGUUCGAGUACUACGACGACAAGUUGCUCGAGGAGCUUCUUGAAUACAAUGAUCAAUCUGGGAAGAAGUGGAGUUGAAGCAUUCAACUCAUGUAUUAAUCACCUAUUUAUUUUGUGAAAAUGUGCUUAAUAACGCCUUAUUAAUUAAAAAGGUAUGAUCCAUGUGCUUUCUCUAUAUA